AAAAAAAAAAAAAAAAAAGAGCGAAAAGGGUACAAGGGUUUAAGGAGUCCCUCUCCCCAAUCAAAAACCCUCAUCAGAGCUUCUGUUCCUUGGACAAAGGAUCCUACCUGCCUCAAGUCAUGCUUUCUCCUUCUUACUCCACCAAAAAGCUUCUUCCUUUCAUCUUCAACAAGCUUAAAGUUACCCCAAAUGAGCCCUUUACUCCAUCAUUUCAAGCUUUCUUCUCCACCCAUAUAGUUGGAGAAAAACCCAUUCUCGUUAGGGAUUUCAUACAUUCGGCAUUGUAUGAUCCGAACCGUGGAUACUUCUCCCAGAGGUCAGGGUCGGUUGGUGUGCUUGAAAGGAGCAUAAAGUUUAACCAACUUGAAGGAAGAAGAGCAUAUAUGAAACACUUGGAUAAGAUCUAUAAGCAGAGUGGCAUUUCAUGGUUCACCCCUGUGGAGCUUUUUAAGCCAUGGUAUGCCCAGGGAAUUGCUGAAGCCAUAAUGCGUACAGCUAACCUUUCAGUUCCACUAAAAAUAUAUGAAAUUGGUGGUGGAUCUGGAACGUGUGCAAAGGGCAUAAUGGAUUACAUAAUGUUGAAUGCGCCUCCAAGAGUUUACAACAGUAUGACAUACAUCUCAGUGGAAAUUAGUCCUGCAUUGGCUGAGAUACAAAAACAAACUGUUGGAGAAGUUCUUAGUCACAAAUCAAAGUUUAAAGUAGAAUGCCGGGAUGCUACCGACAUAAGUGGAUGGGGGGAUGUGGAGCAACAACCAUGUUGGGUGAUAAUGCUUGAGGUGCUUGAUAAUCUUCCGCAUGAUCUUAUCUGUUCUGAAAAUCAAGUUUCCCCAUGGAUGGAAGUAUGGGUUGAGAAACAGCUUGAUGGGGAAGGACUAUCUGAACUAUAUAAACCUUUACAAGACUCUUUAAUUAAAUGUUGUAUUGAAAUUCUGGAACUAGAUAAAAAUAAUACCAGGCAAAGCAGUGCUGUUUCAAAAGCAUGGUCUACGUUGUUUCCAAAACCUCGAAGAUGUUGGCUUCCAACUGGUUGCAUGAAACUGCUAGAGGUUCUACAUGCAGCAUUACCAAAAAUGUCUUUGAUUGCUUCAGACUUCAGUUACCUACCUGAUGUGAAGGUACCUGGUGAAAGAGCUCCGCUAGUUUCAACCAAGAAAGAUGGCCACAGCUCAGAUUACAGCAAUUAUCUGGAUGCAAAGGGUGAUGCUGAUAUCUUCUUUCCUACUGACUUUUGGCUUUUGGAAUGCAUUGAUCAUUACUGUUCUGGAUGGCUGAAACUGCAAAAAGAUAAAUCAUCCACACAGGGGAGGAAGAGGCGAACUAUCACACUUGAUACAUCUUCAUUCAUGGAAGAGUUUGGCUUGCCCUCCAAGACAAGAACGAAAGAUGGAUACAACCCUCUUCUGGAUGACUUCAAGAACACUAAAUUUUAUCUCAGUGUUCCCACACAUAAUAUUAAGUAAAUGGUCUACAAGAGAAACGCUAAAAUACCGGCCAUUUCGCUUUCUGGAAGUAACAGACCUCAAGGCAUGCAAAGUAGCGAGUUUGGUGGAAUCUGAGUAGCAAGUAUUGAGCACCAUGCAAAAUGUAAGGAGUUUUAAGGGCUUGAAGAAACUAGCAGAAAUUUCAAGUUUCAAAAUUUACCCGCAUCUAAAUCACUGAAGCCUCCUUUUCUUUUUUCUAAUUUAUUUAGGCUAUAGAAAUGAA